CCCCUCCGCCCCCCCCCCCCCCCUUCGUCUACACCAUCCUUCCUCACACACAUAUAGACCGAGCUCCGUGUCUUUGCCACCCUGUCGCUCGCACUAUCGCUCUCUCUCUCUCGCGCUCACUCUCUCUGUGUAGAUCUUCCCCACAACACUAGUCCCUCCCCCACCCGACUAGCACCCCUAUUGCUCCACAAAACAAUUACGGCGGCUACCCCUUUAGUGUUCCUUCCUUCCCAGUCCUAUACAGACACACACACACACAGACACACGGUACGCGCUCUCGAGGGAGGCACACACUCGGGACAGCGAAAAACGUUACGCACCCGGUAGGUUGCAGUUGCAGAAGCCGCGCCGCCCAAGCACAGGACCUGAGUCGCGCGAGUGUGUGUACAGUGACCGAAGCGAACUGUCCGCGACGUCGUCGUCGUCGGACGAGCCACCGCCGAGCGCCGACGGACGGGUUUGUGGCUUGCAGGGCAAACAUCGAAUGCAGUUGCAUGCGUCGCUUCCGGAGGACGGUGGCGCGAUCACGAGAGCAGCAGCCGCAGCAUCAGCAACCACUUACCGCAGGGCUGGACAAUCUGAGCGCGAUUGGCCCCACCAGGGCUUGAGGAGGGCCGUGUAGUCUGUGCUAGGAGACAGGGAACUGACCGUUGUUGUUAUUGUUGUUGUUGCUGUUGUUAUUGUUGGUGGUGGUGAAAGACGCGACGAGUGUGUGUGUGUGUGUGUGUGUGUGUGAUAGAGCGACGCCUUACUGCGUCCUCCAAAGGUGCUCCAAGGCAGUGUCCAAAAACGUCCCGGAGGUCGUACGAAUCGUGUCGGCGAGGUAGUAAACGCGCGCGCUGCAACGCGCAGGUGGUGGUGCGACGGAAAACCUGACCUCGGUCCGUAGUUCUUCGUUCCCUCUCUUCCCCUCUCUUCAGCUCACCCACAAGCCCUCACACACCCGUACGAAGCAAAAAAAAAACAACACACACACACAAAAACUCCAACUCGUCCUUUUCCAAGGGUGUCAUAAGUGUGGGAAGGGACUUUUUCAAAGCUGCUGUCCAAGUGUGUCUGAGUGAGUUUAAGUGAGUGUAUGUGUGUUCAAUUUUUGGGCUAAAGCAUCGGGUACAGAUGUAGUAGCGGAUCGAGUCGGCGGCUCCCCUAUCCUUCUUUUUCCUUCCUGCGCGCGUGCCAGUGUCCUGCUCGGUGAUUCACCAAAAAACGGGCGAUGCAUGUUCCUGCCGGCUAUACACCCGACAUCUUCAAACAACUGAACACAAUCAACAUCCCGGAAGGCUUGAAAUACUAGUGUAAUACAAUCGCUUGCGUGCACACCAGAUCAGACCAGACAGCGCGGACCAUAACUGUGCGUCUCUGUGUGUGCGUGUGUGAGUGUCCUUGCACAGAAGAAACCCGAAACACCGGAAGGAGCUCCCGGAAGGUACCUCCAACAACAACGCCCCGGUCCAUGUCCUUGCUGCAGGGCACGGCGAACCGAAGGAUACGGUGCAUCUUCACCAGACGUACAUCCAAGCGGCCUUCGGACGGAGUACGCGACGUUCCCGCGUCCCGGCACCGUUACACUCCCCGCCAGCGCGUCCACACGCUCGUCGGGUCGCUCUACACGUCAUCGGUACGGUGUCUGACCUGGCGCUCGUACAGCGGGGUCAGUUUUCCGCCGCCGCGACCGGGCUGCUGGAUGCAGCCGGAGGGCCGCCCGGCUACGAACCCGACCCAGUCACCGUGGCUAGUCCCGCUAUGCACAGAUCCGCUACGAUGGACUCGAAGGCAACGAUCAACAAGGGCAAUUUUCUCUCACAGCCAGGCGGCAGCGGGAUCAAAAUUUUUGCAAAAAAAAACAAAAAAAAAAACGUGCCACAGAACUAUAAGCAAAAUAUUCGGUGCAUAUCCACGGAACUCAUUGGCUCAUUCCCUGCUGUGUGCCCGGUGUAUGUGUGUGUCUGGGAAGAUUUUCAUCCCUUCAUCGAAGCGCUACUGCCGUACGUCAAGUCGUUCAGCUACACCUGGUUCAAUCUGCAGGCGGCGAAGCGACGCUACCUCAAGAAGCACGAGAAAAAGAUGACCCACAACGAGGAGAACAAGUGCAAACGAGACUUUCAGAACGAAAACCCGGAAACGAAACAGAAAUGGGCCGCCCGGUUGCUGGGCAAGCUGCGCAAGGACAUCACCCACGACAGCCGGGAAAACUUUGUGCACUGCAUUUCGAAGAAGAAAACCUCCAUGUGCAUCCUGUCGAACCCGGACCAGAAGGGCAAGAUGCGGCGGAUAGAUUGUCUGCGCCAGGCGGACAAGGUCUGGCGGCUCGAUCUGGUGAUGGUGAUCCUGUUUAAGGCGAUACCGCUCGAAAGCACCGACGGCGAACGGUUGGAGAAGGCGUGCUUCUGCACCAGCCCGAGCCUCUGCAUCAAUCCGUACCACAUUCAAGUAUUAAUCAAGGAGCUCGACCUCUACCUGGCCAACUUUAUCAAGUGCUUCAGUGAUGAGGAAAAUCAGAGUGAAAAAUCGCACAACAGUUCGCGUAAAUUUUCCAAAACCACCUCCAACAACAAGGUGUUCAGCUACGACUUUAUCGCACCGACCGGUGUGUUCACCUCGUCCGAGCUGUGGAGCAUUACGCAGGGUAGGUUUGUCGUUAACCCUUUCCCACCUCUCUUACCUACCUGCCAAAUAUUCGAACUUAGGCUGUUGAAAUGCUGUUGACGUUCUGUGUACGCUAAGAUGAGCAUAGCGAAACUUGCAUCUGUAUGCGUGUGUUUGUGUGUGGGAUUUUUGGGGAAUGCAUCUCUUUGCAGCUUUUUACUUUCUUCACAGGUUCGAGCCCGACUAGAAUUCCAAUCGUGUUGGAGGAGAACUGUCUGGACAUCACUUCAAGGACCACAAGCAGUGGUCCACAUCAAAAUCUUUAUCACCUUUUAAACAUUUCUAAUUCGGUGCUUUUCUCUUGUCUUUGUUUUCACUGUCUUCCUUCCGGUUUGUUGGUGGAGCUGUUUGGGAACACGACCAGCUUUUCUGGAGAUAUCGUCCAAUCUCGUCUAGUGGACGGGACGGGUCCAGAAAUGUUCCGACGGGUAUAACGUAUUCACUUGGCGGGUACCAAUUUGUUUGUGAUUUCGCACGCACAACACACUUACAACUUAAUAAAAACUGAAAAAUACAUAUACAGCGAUUUAUAGAA